AACUCGGGUGUAAUAUGCCGCUGUGUGACAUACAAACCAACAUCGACAAUGGAGAUAUUAGUAAGGAGUUUGUGCUUCAAUUAGGACACAUUAUAUCACACCACACCUCUGGAAAGGCGUCUACAGUACGUGUCCGAGCAGGAGUGAGGAUGUUCAUGGGUGCUGGACCGACCUCAGCUCCCCUCAUGUUGAUUCAACUUCACGGAGGAUUCACUGAUGGUGACACCAACAAACAGAUCUGCGAGGCCAUCAUCCAGUGUUCAACUAAGGAACUCGGCAUCCGUGAAGACCGGAUUAGUUUGGUGUUUCACUACCUACCCCCAACUCACGUAGGCUGGUCUGGGGGCCGACUGGUGGCAGAUGUUUUGCCGGAAACCAGACUGAGGCAGCUAAUGGGCGGUGCAGACUCCUGAACACUCAGUAGCAAGAUGAACAGAGUACAGAUGUCAUGCAUACAAACGACAACUUCAUGGCAGCAAGGGACGUUAAAAAAAAAUAAAGGAGACCCUCUAUUAUAAAAGUAGACAUAGUGUACCAUGGGCCUCUGGGUCAUACUUUUCCUAUUGGAAUGAAAAACAAAAAUAAUAUGGCCCCUUCUCGCUUUCUUUUAUCAAAUAACACCCUAUCCCAUCGACUUCGUUUUCGGCCGCGGCUUUAAGACUGUGAGCAUUCGCUUUAACUGCCGCUGCAGAGAAUCGCGUCGAUCAAACAUAUUUCGAAGACAUUUCAUUAGAAUACAAUAUAUUAAGUUCGACGUUUGAAACAAUAAUAACGACCCUGCGCGAGCAGUUGCAUAGGGGUCAUUCCAUGUCAGACCAACGCACUUUUUUACCUCAUGUCAUC